AUGGAUCUACAUGGAGAAACGAUCUACGAAGAAUCCGAUACGCUUUUUCAGAAAAAUCGGCGUUGUUGUUCCUUCCCGUGCUUCAGCAACUCCUCUCCGGACGGCGGGGGAAUAACCUGGUGGCGGAAAAUUCGAACGCCGGACAUUGGAAGCACCUCCGUGUGGAUCCGUGGAGUCGUCGCACUGAAAAAGAUUCGCGAGUGGUCGGAACUCGUAGCUGGUCCGAGAUGGAAGACUUUCAUCCGGCGGUUCAACCGGAACCGGAGUGGGAAUAGCAGGCACGUGAAUUACCAAUACGAUCCAUUGAGUUACGCGAUGAAUUUCGACGAGGGGCCGGGGCAGAGCGGUAAUUUCGAGGAAGAGGAUGGGUAUUAUCAUAUGUCAAGGAAUUUCUCGUCCAGGUACGCCGCCUUCCCGGCGUCAUCUAAAACUUCUAUGGACCUUGGCAAGGAUGCGUCACCUUCCUCCGUAUAA